UUGCCUUCAUUACAUCAAAGUGAAAUGAAGCUUAAGCCUCCCAAUACUCCCUAGAUAUGAUUAUUGCAUCAGGAGAUAGACAAAUUUUUGGAAGAGAGUAUUAAAGAGAAGAAUGAUGAGAAAGUGCACUCUCGAACUCCCACUUUCCCCAGCCUCAGCUUCUUCUGAAUCCACGGAUUUCCACAGCCAAUCUGAGGCUUGCUCAUCAAGAAGAGACCAGAUCACAGUAUUACACAACAUGCGAUCCGUCUGCAUUUGUGAUGCAACUGAACUUCAGGCAAUAAUCAUCCUUUGGCUUGCAAGAAGAGAAGUGGACGAUAAAUUGUCUAACUUCACAGGUGCAGUACCAUCCAUCAUGAAAGUUCAGUUACACAGUUCUUCAGGCUUGUCAUUAAGGAAAUCGCUCCAGAGGUUUCUCCAGAAGAGAAAAGACAGAAUUCAAUCAGCUACUCCUUACAAGCACAAAUUCCUUUGAAAUUGUGGAGCAUAAUUAAAUAAAAUGGAGGAUAUAGUGGAGAAGGAUGAUGUACACCUACUUCCUAGUACUUAAUAGUUAUGAUUUGGAUCCAAGAAGCUCUUUGUUGGGAGAAUUUAGAGAAGGCUGACAAGAGGGUUCUGUGGGAGUUGGGAUUUUUACACUCCUCGAUUGCACGCAAGAAAAUGUGUUUACAAGC